AUGACCAGCAUCGACGUGGCAAGAAGUCGCCUCCCUCACGAGGGAUUUGCGGGUCAAACGGCCAUCAUAACAGGCGGAUGCUCCGGGAUUGGUCUCUGCACAGCCCGCCUCAUCCAUGAACUCGGAGGGAAUGUCAUGAUGGGCGAUAUCCAUCCACCCUCCGCUGCCGAUUCAGCAUGGAUGUCGAAGUCGAUGUCGCAGUUUCAGGGCAUAAGCGAGAAUCUCCACGUCCCACGUUACGAGUACUGUGACGUGACUCAAUGGAGCUCCGUUUGUUCGCUGUUUGAGAAGGCGUUCUCGACGUUUGGAAGAAUCGACAUUGUUCUCGUGAAUGCCGGCGUCAAUGAUGUGGGAGAUGUCUUUUUUUCAACGGACGACCCUGGAACCUCUACUUUUACUUCUACUUCUACUUCUUCCCAGCCACCACCACCACCACUACCACAACCACGAGAACCUAAUUAUAAAACAAUCGAUGUCAAUGUCAAGGGCACGGUGAACACCAUCGUUCUCGGGAUCCAUUAUUUGCGACGCAAUGCCGAUGGGGGAAGCAUCGUCCUUACCGCGAGUCUCGCGGGAUACUUUGCUACAGAGGGGAUGCCCAUCUACACGGCUUCAAAACACGGUGAGUUCAACUUCCCACUCAGGACUCGGAGCACGCAACGCGAGGAAGUGAUACUAAUCAUAUUCCUAAAAGCUAUGGUCGGUCUCCUGCGCGCAUUGUCGCCAUCAGCGUCCAAACUCGGAGUUACCAUGGCCCUUGUUGCUCCCGGGAUGACUGAAACGUCUUUACUCGCAUCCCUCCCUGGCGUUGAUGUGAAGGCAGAUACUAAUGACGAUCUCGAGGUGCUCUGGAAACAAAUGCAGGACAUGGGGAUUCCGUCUCAGAAGCCCGACGUCGUUGCAGACGCGAUAUGUUAUCUGAUCAACCAGGGAGCCGCUGCGGCCGGGAAAGGUCUCUUCGUUCAAGGGGGUGAGGUUUUUGACCUGGAAAAGGAACUCGCUGUAGCUAGACCGGAUUGGUUGAGCCAGAGGAUGGGGUAUAUGUUGACGGAGAAAGGGGCUGUUUGGAAGUGA